AUGGGUUGGCGCUAUCUAUACUACACCUGCGGAGCCCUCGUCUUCGUCAUGAGCAUAGCCCGCGUGACGGUGAUCCGAUUCCACGAGACGCCCAAAUACCUGCUUUGCCAAGGCCGUGACGAGGACGUAGUCAAGACCUUCCAGAAUCUUGCCCAGAAAUAUGGCCGGACCUGCGACCUCACUGUAGAGCAGCUUGAAGCAUGCGGACAUGUCAGCAGUACUCACGCCAAGAACCACGCCUCCCUGUCGGAGAUGCUCAUCCAUCUGCGCGGCCUUUUUGCCACGCGAUGGAUGGGGAUUUCGACGGCCUUAGUCUGGUUCUCCUGGGCGCUCAUCGGUCUGGGAUACUCGCUGUACUAUGUCUUCUUGCCCGACUACCUCACGUCCAGAGAUGCAGCUGCAGGAGAUACGUCCCCCUAUCUCACGUGGCGGAACUACGCCAUCACCAAUGUCUGUGCUAUUCCUGGGCCCAUCAUGGCAGGGUUUAUGUGUCAGACUAAGCUCCUCGGACGGAAGUACACCAUGGCGACAGGAGCUCUAGCUACGAGCUUCAGCUGCGCGAUCUCCGUGACCAUCAACAUCUACUACGGUACACUGUACGCCUAUACCGUCGAGGUCCUGCCAUCCGCCCACCGCGGAACCGGCAACGGCGUCGCUGUCGCCUUCAAUAGACUAAUGGGGACGAUGUCCGCUAUUAUCGGGACCUUUGCAUCCACGUCCAGCUCCGUGCCAAUCUAUGUCUGCGCGUCGCUGUUGGGCGUUGCGGCCAUCAUCUCUGUGCUGUUUCCGUUUGAGACGAGGAGCAAGCGGCCUAUCUAG